AUGGCUUUUCCUUUCAGGGGGAAGUUUGCUGUGGUCAGAAAGUGCGUGGAGAAAGGGACUGGUCACGAGUACGCCGCCAAGUUCAUGAGGAAGAGGCGGAAAGGGCAGGACUGCCGCACAGAGAUCAUCCACGAGAUCGCCGUGCUGGAGCUGGCCACGGCCAGCCCCCGCGUGGUCACCCUGCACCAGGUCUACGAGAUGGCCUCCGAGAUGGUGCUGGUCCUGGAGUUUGCUGCUGGGGGAGAGAUCUUCAACCAGUGCGUGUCUGAGCGGGAGGACGAGGCCUUCAGCCAGGAGGACGUGAAGAGGCUCAUGAGACAGAUCCUGGAGGGAGUCUCCUUCCUGCACCAAAACAAUAUAGUCCACCUGGACCUGAAGCCUCAAAACAUCCUGCUGACCAGCAGCUCUCCAGUUGGCGACAUCAAGAUUGUGGACUUUGGUCUUUCCAGGAGGGUCAGCAGCCACCAUGAGCUCAGAGAAAUUAUGGGAACCCCUGAGUUUGUGGCUCCGGAGAUCCUGAACUAUGAGCCCAUCAGCACAGCAACAGAUAUGUGGAGCAUCGGGGUUCUGGCCUACGUGAUGCUGACGGGCUUCUCCCCGUUCCUGGGGGAGGACAAGCAGGAGACCUUCCUGAACAUCUCGCAGCUGAACCUAAAAGCCCCCCCCACCCCCACCCCCUCCUGGGCUGUGGGCGGUCCUGGGGCCUCCACAGACCCCACAGAGGGGGUCCAGCAGACCCAGGACAGGGGUCAGGGGUCGCUGGACGGGAGCUCUUUUGAUUGGAUGCCUCUCCAGGAGCAGGCCUGGUCCAAACAGAAAAGCACGGGACGGGCGUGCGUGCGGGUCCUCGCGCGUCCGGGUUACGCAAACUGCUGA